GCUCAAAUUGUGUUCAAAUGAAUUAUAUCGUUUACGAGGUUUCCCUGAUAUGUUCUGAUAGUAAUGUUUAUUCGAUACUCGCCAACAAUAGAGGAGUACUACGGUUUCCAAGGAAGAUGAAGCGGACGAAAACAAUGUAAAGACAGAUGUUCAGAUUGUCCUUCCAUCGCAUUAGUGGAAAAGACUACUCUUCAAACCCCCCUCUAACAAGUCUUCACUUUGAUCAUAAAUUGUCGAGAAAUAUACUCAGUUUUUUGUUCACGCCAGGUAACUACAUAUCUUAAAAUUAUUCGUCCCUCGAACUACUUUUUUAAAUUUCAUUUAUAGAUAAAUUGCUAAUUUAAACAAUUUUAUCUCUGUCUUUCUUAGUUACAUUUUAUGCAAAUGUAAAAUUUUGCAUGCCGUGAGGCAGCGAAAAGCAAUAUUGUGUUGCGUUAUCUACUAAACUGCUUUGGAGAUACAAAAACAUACCUAAAUAUUCAAGUCUACAGAAAGAAUUGUUGAGUGGGAUAGUGGUGGUCGACGGUAAGUAGUAGUAUUUUUUUUUGAAGACGAAAACUUGCUUUUCCGCCUGGCAAAGAAACAAGCUUUGCUUUGAAUUUUCAAUGAAAUUCUUAUUUAUUUAAAGUGGCUGAAAUAUUGUAUUGAUUUACGCGUUCCACUUUGCCGUUUCUGCCGAAUGUUAUGGUAAUAUUUUGGUAACGUUGAAUACGGCAAUGAAAUGACACGAAAAGGUAAAUAGAGCAGCGAAAUUGCGAGAAAAGUUCCGCGUGGAAAAAUACGUAAUAUGCCCGUAAAAGCCUUUCACAUCGGUAGGCACUGCCUUUCUGUUAAAAUUACAAGUACUGGCCUAAUAAGGCAUUUCAAAAGAUUACAAAUACGCACGUACAGAGUAAAAGGUAACAUUAUAUAGCCUAUUCAUUUCAAUUAAAACACGUUCCUUGAAAUCAAAUUCAAUUUCCUGCUUGUGAGGAAACUAGAGUCCUGACUUGAAGUUUUAUUUCUGUAUUCAAGGUUUGUAUUCAAUUAUUAGCCGAUGAAAUCCGGUUUUAGAGGUAAUACGACAGAGCUCAACUCGCGAUAAAAUAUGCCAACCUACAAUAAAAUUCUAACAUGGGCAAAAAAUAUACAGACCUGAUACAGACAAUUUAGGGAUAAAAAUACAUCUGUAUUUUUCCGCAAACAUAUAGUUUCACCACAGGUCACCCAAGCUUGAAAUCAUCGGCACUGCAUGUUGGAUACGACACGUUCGAAAUAAAAGGUUUUAUAUGGAAGAAAAAUGAUUGUUUCUGUAGCCAACGAAUGUGAAAGGAUUUGAACAACUUUUAAAAGGUUGUGUGUUUCUUCUUUCCUGUGUGGUUCUCGAGCCGAUUCACGGCCAUUUAUAGAGACAACAAACAGCUGGUUCCAACAAGAUCCAUAAAAUCGGCUCGGUAUUAAACCACAAAAAGCAUCUGUUAGCCCUUUUGAGCCUCUUUACGAACUUAAAUGGCAGAUUUCCUACCCUUUCAAAUACUUCAACCAGUGGAAUCACUACCCUUUCAUGCUGACCUGAAGCCUGAAAAAGGUACCCCUUUCGGGCGGAGCCUCCCCGUAUAGGCCAUUAUAAGGAUUACCGGCCGGGCGUUUUAUCUACAGUGUGCCAUUUAAAUACACUUCUGUUUGAUCUCUCCAAUAGGCAAGUCAAACGAGGCUCACAUCUAGUGAAUGCCGCCAUUUUAAAUAAUGUGAAUGAUGACUCGGCAUCUAAACGACAACUCUCCUCAAGUUAAAAUUGUCAAGAGGGUGAAAAAACUGGGCAACGCAAUUUUAGUCUCCUCAGGCUUAACUCUCCUUAUUGUAAUGGUUACAGUGACUCUGCCAAAACUUGAAAGCCUGCAAUACCAUGCAGGAACCUGUAAGGUCAAGAAAACAUUUCUGAACAUGGAUCCUGGCAAGAAACUUCAUUGCCGCUGUAAAGAGCUCAAAAGCGAAUCAAAGUGUUUGAUUUAUUACCCUUGCCUUCAAAUCUACGUUUCAUUCGACCAUUUCUCAACGCGGGAAGCUUUGGUCGUGAAUGAUCGACGACGGAUCUCAGAAACGUGUUCGUACAAGCUUCGGGACUACGACUGUAAAACGAAGAAUGACGUUUACAAACAUGUGGAGCGUUUUCGUGAAAAAUGGGGCUUGAUGAACUCAUCUUACCAUUGUUUCCAUACGUCAAGACAUCCCGAUCAGGUGACUCUUGCAAACGAAGCACCCAGUACCGCCGUGACAGUGAAUUUAACCCUGUUUCCCUGUAUUGGAAUUGCUAUUGGUUUGUUAAUGUUGCAUUUCAAGGAGCAAAUAGGGCUAAUACUAGCUCGCAAACUAAACAUACGCGUCAGCGAAGGUUACGUACCUGUGGCACUUGUGAAGCACGAGGAUGAUUCAACUCAAAAUGACUGAAAGUGGAUCGACCCACACGGAGGGAAAGAGGACUCCCUAACUUGGCCUAGAUAGGUACAUGCCGCUGAACAGGGUAUGGUUUCAAGAGUAUCGGGUCUCAAACAUGGUAAACAAUUGCACAUUUUAGCUUCUUGAACAUUGGGUGUCAUUAUGGACCAAAUGCCUCUUAAACAGUAGGAAGAUUGGCGAUGGGCGACCUAAAAUUUCUUUCACUAUGGAGGCUAGAACCUGUUUGUAUACUUUUUUUAACAUGAUGAGUCUGAAAGAAGAAUAUUUCUUUCUUUACUUUAGUUUAUUCCAUUUGAAGAAGGGAUUGUUCAAUUCCAUUCUCAAGAGUACAUGUAUUUAGAAUGAAUGGAUGACGAGCCGGAUACUGCGUAAAAAUACCCGUCC